AUGGUUCGACAAAUGCAAAAUCUCCUAUUCGAGAUUAGAUAUCAUCUUUCAAGUGGAUUUAAUGAGCUUUCUCGAAGAUCAAAUAGAGUGCUUUCGAGAUUUAAAAGUAUAGCCUCUAAUAGGGACAGUUCUGAACAAAUAGGAGCAGAAAUCAAUGUCGAAUUGCCAAAUGUUUCACCAAAGGUUGGAGACGGCGUUCAGGUAAAUGGAAGUAAUGCUAAGAGAAGUCCAUCUGUUCCUGCAAGAACACGAAAGGCCAUGACUCGAUCUCGGGUCCUGAAUAUGCAUUCCAUAAGCGCAAUAGCUUGCCAAGUUGAUUACCUGAUCAAACAAUUUGGUCUGAAACCGCAAAAAACCGGUGAUCGAAUAAUUGUCACUUGGCCAACAGAAACGAAUUUGGAUUGCGAUGAGAAGCAAGAUCCCUUGACAAUGGAAAUAUUAAUAUCGGCCGAAAGUGGAUUGAAAUUCCGAAGAAUUAGUGGAUCAAGCUAUUUAUUUCCGGAAAAGAUUCAGGUUAUUCUCACUUUGAUGCAAGAAUACUUUGGGUGGUAA